UGCGAGACUCGACCGAGGAAGUUCGUUCGUCAUUGCCUUGAGUGCCUUUCGCCUGUGUUCUCUUCGGCGCUUUCGACAUGAAGCUCGUGCUGGCGCUUUUGGGGCUGCUCUGCCUGGCGGCGCUGUGCCUCUCGCAGGAGGACCUCGUCCCCGCCGAGUCGGCCCAUCCGGGCUUCGGGCUCUUCCGCGGCUUUAAUGGAUACUUCAGGCCCUACGGAUACGGCGGAUACAGGCGACACUUCGGCUACCGCCCGUAUUACGGCUACGGAGGAUACCGGGGCUAUUGGGGCUGAGCGGUUCCGAGUUCCCUUCAGUUUGGGUAGCUGUCGGCGUUGUUCGUUGGUAAUAAACGGCUGACGGUCUUUUGUAUCUCUUGGCUCGCUAUUUUUCUGACUGAAUUUUCUCAUCAGAAGAUUUUUAAUAAACAACAGAUGAGAAUUUA